AUGUCUGAUUUCACCUCCAGCUCAAGCUGUUUCGUUCCCUCCAAAGACGUACCAUAUUCCUUCGGCAUGGAGCCCAAGACUCUAGCCUUUACAGCGAUUGCUAUCGCCUGUACUCCCUUCGCCGCUUUAAUAGUCUGGAACUUUAUUCUUCCACUCUCAUUCCGUAUAUUCGCCCUAACGUUCGGGUCAUCCUUCGGUUGGUGUUUGAGGAAGGGUUCCGAAGGUCGCCGCUCCUUACUUGUCCGCACCACAGCCGAAAGCGAAGCCAGAUUUAGAGAGGCCAAAGCUCAAAAAACUGAUGGCAGCGCUAACAGCGACGAUGACGAGAGCUGGGAGAAUAUUGAUGGGUCUACAGCUGGAACGUCUGGCAACGGGGAGAAAGGUGACCGAGACUGGGAUGGUAUAGUCGGUUUCUUCCAUCCCUUCUGCAAUGCUGGAGGAGGUGGCGAACGAGUCCUAUGGGCUGCGGUUCGAGCUACUCAGAAGAGAUGGCCUAACGCCAAGAUCGUUAUAUAUACGGGCGACCACGAUGUUUCAAAGGAGAGCAUGCUCUCUCGUGUCAAGAACACUUUCAGUAUCGACAUGCACCCACCUACGAUCCAUUUCAUCUACCUAACAACUCGACACUGGGUUUUGUCUUCUACGUGGCCGCAUAUGACUUUGCUAGGACAGUCAGUUGGUUCUAUACUUAUGGGAAUGGAUGCUUUCUCUCUCCUAGUACCUGACAUCUUCGUGGACACUAUGGGUUACGCUUUCGUACUUGGUCUAAGCAAGAUCCUCUUCCCCGAUAUGCCAACUGCUGCAUACGUACACUAUCCUACCAUUUCCACAGACAUGCUCGACUCCCUCGACCCUAAGACACCAGUUGGAGGUCAGGGUGUCAAUGCCGGGAAGGGCGUUGGUGUAAAAGGUAUACUGAAAAAACACUACUGGAAGAUCUUCGCCGCUAUUUAUUCGUGGAUGGGCGCUUCCGUCGACGUUGUCAUGACAAAUUCCUCCUGGACGCAAGACCAUAUUAAGUCUAUAUGGGGGCCGCGCCGAAAGCAGAGAGGCAGGGAAAACUCUAUUGCUGUUGUAUACCCUCCGUGCGCCGUCAAUGAGAUUGAGCGAGCUGUCGAAAUCUCUGAAGAGAGCGAGAAGAGACGCCAGAAGUACUUAGUAUACAUCGCCCAGUUUCGACCAGAGAAGAAUCACCAACUCAUCCUGCAAUCCUUUGCGGAAUUCGUCAAGACUGGUACUCCCUCAGCAAAAGAAGCCAAAUUGAUCCUCCUAGGUAGCGUUAGGGGCGACGACGACUCGAGGCGCGUGUACAAGCUUCGUCUAUUAGUCAACGAAUUACAAAUCAAGGAUCAGGUUAUAUUCCAGCUCGACGCCCCGUGGUCCGAGAUCCUCCAAUGGCUUGGCAAGGCCUUCGUAGGCGUUAAUGGCAUGUGGAACGAGCACUUCGGCAUCGGCGUAGUCGAGUACCUCGCAGCAGGUCUGAUAUCAGUCGUACAUAACAGCGGUGGCCCGAAGCUAGACAUUGUCAUUGAUGUUGACGGUCAACCUACGGGUUUCCACGCCUCGACCACGUCAGAGUUCGCUGAGGGUUUCGAGAAGGCGCUCUCGCAUCCUGACCCCCUUUCCGUCAGACGCAGAGCGCGCUUAUCAUCUAAGCGCUUCACUGAGGAAGAGUUUGCCAGGAAAUGGUUGGCCGAGUUGGAGAAGCUCGUCACCAUGAAGCUAUAA